GCCUAUUUUGGCUAACCCUAGAAAUCCUCACCUUUGUCCCAUCCGCGCCGCCACUCCCUCGAGAUCUGCUAGAGCCAAUGGCCUCCCGAUCCACUCAACGAGUCAACCAACCAUCAUCCUACUCCUCUCGUGCUUUUCCCCAUCAUCCAACACAUAGCGGGAUUCAUCUGCGCGACCACACGAGCAGGAGCUUCCGCAGCCGUGCACGCUCCCAUGGAGACGCUCGUCCCUAUGCCAACUCUCAGUUGCCGCGCGGGGCGCAUCCGAGGACCUCCUCGCUGGAUCAGCAAGAGCUCACUGCCGAGCCUUUUCCGGCCGCCGUUCAAGCCAUCGUCGGUGUCAAUCUCCGGGACCAGGCCACUGGAGACCGCCGCCAUGGAGUCGCCCGUCCUCGCCCCAAGGUGCCUCAUCAUCGGGAAUGGAUUCCAGGGGCCUGGAUCCGCCCGUCCAUGCUCUCGAUCUGGUCCGCCUUGCCCUCGACGUCCGGAUCCGGCACUGCCUCUGGCCUUCUGCUCGGGGAAGACGACCGAGGCCCUACAUGCUCCUCUGUUCGUCCGCAUAUGGCUUUGACCACCAAAUCGAGCCACGCGGUCGCUCGCGUGGGCUGCUACUCCAAGGCCGCCUUGCCUCGACCACGCCUCUUCGGCCACGCUUUGACCGCGUGGGCCUCCUAGCCUUCUCCCUGAUCGCGUGCAAGCCCAGCCAGGCUUCCACCUCCUUGCCUAGACCGGCCAGAUCUGGCAGCCUGCGAGCCAUGCCAAGACCGCCUCGCGCUGCGCCAGACCAGCAGACCGUCGGCCUCUCCCACCAUCAGUCAAGGUCAAAGCCACGCAUGGCCAGCUCAUCGAUCGAAACCGCCGCCUUAGAUGUUUCGUUGUCAGUCUCCUACCUCCUCUCUCAUGUCGCGCCCGCUCUUGCCGAGAACAACUACCAUCGACCUUCAAAGAUCGUGGAUUCGCCAAGCACCUCUCUAACCGUGCAUGACUACUUCCUCGACAACACGUGUACCACUACUUACAUGAUGUCCUCGACGACCUCAAACAUCUACGGAGCGUGUACGUCUACCGUCGCUGAAGACCCGUGUACCACUACUUUAACUACUGUCGCUGGAACCACUACUUCCACGACGUCCACGAUGACCCAUGUACAACUACACCACUACGACUUGAUCCGCUGCGAAUAUGCAUGCUUAGAAGGUAUAACCAACGAGACGACCACCCGUGGACUGAAUGUAUUGGUGUAUGAGAGGCGAUGUUAUCUGUGUCGUAGAUGCCAUGCUAGUUGCACGUUGUCCCUCUUUUGCCAUGUCCCAAACAAAUGGGAACCCAGUAACCGAGAUCACCCCAUCAUUUUUGGCAUGACACGCACAUGCUCCUAGUUCGUUGGCACCGGUAUCUCAUCGAGUUAUCGGGAUCAAAACAUUGCAUGACAUCGUUUUCGUUUUUC